AUGGCAUUGACCACAUUAUACCUCUUAGGCCUCAUAGCCGCUAUCUACGUAGUACGCUUCUUCUACACCCACAGCCACGGAGCAUCCUCACAUCACAACGUCCCAGGACCAUGGACCUUUUCUAUCUCAAGUUGGCGACUUGCAUACGAGGAUCUUCGGGGCAGGAGGACACGUACUAUCUGUCAGCUCCAUGCGAAGUACGGCCCUGUAGUUCGUAUAGGCCCCAAUGAGGUGUCCUUUAACAGCCCCUCCGCCUUGCGCACUAUCUACGGAGCAGGAAGCGGCUUCCAGAGAACCGAUUAUUAUCGCAUGUUCGAUGCCUACGGCCGGCAAAACCUGUUCUCCUUUGCUUCUGGCAAAGAUCACGGAGAAAGAAAGAAGCUCGUUGCCCAUGCCUACUCCAAAACCGUUAUGCUUCGAGGUUCCGUUGCAGCUAUGGUCGAAUUAAAGGCGAAACAGUUCCUAGAGCUAAUCCAGGCCGAGCCAGAAGGUGUUAGCGAUAUCUUCCGAACUCUUCACUACUACUCUAUAGACAACAUCACCGGAUUCCUUUACGGAGGGUCCGGAGCAACAUCGGCUCUGACAGGGGAUGAAAGCCAUCGUGCUCUGCUCAAUGAUAUGUUGGAUCCAGCGCGCCGGCGGCUCUCUUGGUUCGCUGUGCACCUGCCAAGCUUCACGAAAUGGUUGUAUUCUCGGUCUGGAAGAGCUGAAGUAAUCCUGAGGCAUUUUUUGCCCAUGCAGAAACCAGCCAUGAUGACAGGGAUCAGGCAGCAUGCUCUUGCUGCCUUUCAUCGUUUCAAAGAAUCAAGUCAGAAGGAGAAGUCAAGCGAGAUCGGGAGUCAAACGAUCAUACAUCGUCUAUACAAACAUCACCAGACUCGAAAGCCUGACGGGUUGGACGAUAUGGACAUCGCGUCCGAAUGUGCGGACCACUUGCUAGCUGGAAUUGAUACAACAAGUGACACUCUCAUGUUUCUAAUAUGGGCGUUAUCUCUUCCGCAAAAUCACAAGUUCCAAGCAAAGCUUAUACAAGAGGUGGCUAGUCUCCCAGAGUCGUCUCUCAAUGGAGAUGGAAUCCCAUUCGUCGAAGCCGGCGACAAAUUGCCCUACCUGAAUGCUGUCAUCAAGGAGGCAUUAAGGCUGUAUACGCCUCUUCCGGCGACCGAACCCCGUUCUCUACUCACUCCAUCGAUCAUCGAUUCAUUCGAGAUACCUGCAGGAAUGGUAGUUGGAAUUGAACCGUAUUCUUUACAUCGCAAUCCGAAGGUCUUCGAGGAUCCCCUCAGAUUCAACCCAGAAAGGUGGCUCAAUGUUCCUCUAGAACGGCUCAAUGAGAUGAAUAGAUGGUGGUGGGCAUUCUCCAGUGGCGGUAGAAUGUGCAUUGGCAUUCACUUGGCUAUGUCUGAGAUGACAACGCUAGUAGCCGCCAUAUAUCGAAAAUAUCAGACUUAUAUAGCACCCGGAUUCGAGAACGUAUCCCCUGGAAUCACAAGUAGGUUUGAAAUGUUCUAUGACGAGUUGUUUGAUAGCAUAGAGGAACACGAGUGUCGCAUCAAAUUCCAGCCACAUGGCCGAUUUUGA